AUGAAGAGCAAAAACAAGAAGUUAUCAGCUUAAGAUGGAAAAUUUAUUUAUGAGGGUGAUAUAGUUACAGAUGAUAAGUCAAAAUAGAUGUUAUAUGAUGGAUAAGGAUAUCUAUUUAAUACUGAGACCAAGUGUUUUUUCAAAGGGACAUGGAAAAGGGGGGAGAAAGUUUGCGGAAUUGAAACUUUCCCCAAUGGCGAUGUUUACGAAGGUUAAUACAAAGAUGGAGUGUUUCAUGGGCGAGGAUUGAUUUAUAAUAAUGUGCAACUCUACCCUGAUAAAAAAGGUUAAUACCUCUAUGAUGGGUAAUUUGAGCAGGGGUAAAAACAUGGCUUUGGUAAAGAACAAUACUUCACAGGGGGACGUUACGAAGGCUAAUUCAAGUGCAAUUAGAAGCAUGGCCCUGGUAAAUUAGUGUUUUCUGAUGGAUCCUAUUUUGUUGGUGAUUUUCAAAGAGGAUUACCUAAUGGGUUCGGAGUCCAUGUCGCUUAUUCUAAGGAUAGAAUAGUGUCCACAUUCCCUCCACCUUCCAAUAUAUAAGAGAGACUGGAAUCAGAGGCGAGGGAGGAGAUCUAGGAGCAGGAAUAAGAGAAAGAGAAAUCAGAAUAUUUAUACGAAGGGGAGUUUGUUGAUGGAUACAAACAUGGGUUAGGGAGAUUGUAUUAUCCAAGUGGGUCCUAUUUCUAUGCCUAUUGGGAGUAUAAUAAACCCGCUCGUGAUUUUAUUGAGUAUAUUGCUGAAGGGCAUAAAUGGAGGAUUCUUAAUGUCAAAUAGUUGCAGACUGACUAGAGCAUUAACUUCUUCAAGAUCAUCAGAGAUAACAAAUCCUCCUGGAUUGAGAAGUAUCCCAUUAAGGGCAACAGUUACCCUCCUGCUGAAUUGGAUGGAUAUAAAGUUCUUAUUGAUGAGAAAGGAUUGAAGCGAGAAGAUUUCGAAGAUCCAGAAUUCGACUACUCUGAGCAAUCGUUUAGCAUCAAGGAUGAAAACGACUAGCCAGUUGUUGCACCUAUUGAGUUUGAGAGAAUAUUUGCAUCAAAAUACUUCAAGAAGAAGGAAUUCAAACUCUUCACUAAAGAUAUACAGCCUGGAUAUCUGCAAUACUCAGAAUAAUAUUGUUGUUAACAAUUGACAGUUGUCUUAAAUGCACUUACAUUCCAUUCCUACCUUUUAAAUAAAGUAUUUACUAGGAAAUAUGAAGCAGAAAUUGGAUUUUAUUUCAUUAAACUAUUUUUGAAGAAUGAAUGGAAGGAAUAUAUCAUAGAUGAUAAAAUACCUGUAUUUAAGUAUGAUAAAAUGCCCAUCUUCUCCAAUUCCUAGGAACCAGAAUUGGCAUGGGUGAUCUUAUUCAAAGCAUUUGCAAAGUACAAUUAAUCCUUCCAAUAUUUUACGAAUGAUAAACUAACUAGAGCUGUUGAAUAUUUAACACUGCUGACAGGUAUGCCAACUGUGUAAUUCUCAAUCCCCAAUAAUUUUGGGGAAAAUCAAGAAUAUUCAGAUUAACAAAAAAAAAUAUGGAAAACCAUGUCAUAGAAAUAUUAAAGCACCAAAGUCAGGAUUUGUUAUUUAUACAAGGAGAUGGAAGAAAGAUUAAAAUUACCCAGAAAUACAGCCUAUCAAAUUGUGGAUAUGCAAGAGUCUUCUUUGGGGAAGAGAGAUGAAUCAUAUUUUCUGCUGAUUCUGGCAUCACAUUAGAAGCUCUCUUUGAAAUAAGAUAUAACCAAUUAAACUUCAUAGGCUAGAUACAAAUUAUAGGAAAGAAAUCCUUAAGCUAGAGGCAACGAAGCCUACUUCUUAAUGGAAUACAAAGAUUUUAUCAAGCAUUUUCAGUAUGUCAUCAUGCUUUGCGCCACAAGAUACCCAAUAUAGAAUUAAUAACUGAUAGAGCCUGAAGAAAAAGAUAAACAUAAUCAAGAACUAAGAUUUUUUUGCAGAUUUAGAACAAAUUUGACCCAAGAUUGUUUAAUAUGUGUCACUUAAGAUCACUAAGACAAACAGGAAGAAUAUGUUGUUUAGGAAAAAACAUUUCCUGUAAGAAUUGUGCUUGCAAAAGAAAAGGACUUAUUCACAAAUAAGAAUUAAGUUAAGAAAAAGAUUGUAUCAAGAUGGACAGAGUAAGUAAGUCUUUCAAAACAAGAAAGAGAUAAAGAUAAAAAGGAAGAUACUACCAAAGCUGAAAUGAAAUACACUUCCUUAUUUGACUAAAACGCUGAUAAAAAGUAGAUUAACCCAUACAAAUACUGUUUUGGAAAAGGUUAGUCUUCAGGUAAGAUGCUAUUUAAGGAUGCCUCUCUAGAAAGCGGAGCUUAUGUAUUGUUUGUCUAGGUUGAAACAGGGGAUAGCAAAGAAUAGUUCGAUUUAAAAAAAAUGAAGUUUUGGAUCACUAUCCAUAGUCAGAAACUCAUCCAAAUACAAAGGCUUGAUUAACAGAUUCUAGAUUUCUAAAAAUUAGUGUAUGAGAGUGCUAUUGCAAUUGCUGAUAAGCAUUCCUAAGACACUAAUAAAUUUAAAUACUUUCACAAAGGAGAUCUGAGUGAGUAGGAAAAUGGAAGUAGUGAUCUUGUAAUUACCCAAUACUUUAUUAAGAAAGAAGGAACGUAUUUACAGCAUUUGCAUAAUAAGAGUUCGAAUAAGAUUUGGAGAUAGAAGUUGUAUUUCAAGUUGGAUAACAUGUAGAUUAUUGAUCACAGAGAAUCUUAGAAGUUGGACAUCUGUUUAUCCAAAAAAUAGACAGCUUUAAUCAUAAUUUAAUAAGUGGGAGCAAAGAAAUACAAUUUAGAAGGAGGAGAAGGAAUUUGUAUUGUGGAUUUAUUGCAUGAUGAGUUGGCAGAGGAGGAAUAGGAAGUCAAAAAUAACGAGACUGCAACAUUUCAAGAGGAUAAUUAGCAGAUCUUCCAAUAGACUACAUCGAAACCUAAAUUUGGGAGUUUAUUUUUUAAAAGCUGA